AUGCGCAGCAUACCCGACAGCGAACUCAUGGCAGAACUCUCACUCCCAAACGAGCUGGCUGCGCCCAUCCUACGCCAUCUGUAUAUCGCUGACCAGACCACUUUCACAACGGCGCUACGCGUCUCUCCAGCAUGGCACGAUCUAGGCUUGCCAAUCCUCUGCGAGGAUGUCGUGCUUAGAACCUCUGCACAAAUUAUUGGGCUGGCGAAAGCACCCGACCUGACCAGAUUUCAGUCGACCAGAAGCCUCACGAUCGCCAUUCCACCCAUGAACACGGAUCUCGCCGAGAGUGACAGCAUCGUCGACUUUGACCUUCACUGGUCCAAUUUCGGUACGCAUGGAUUUCAUGCAUCCCUGCUGAAAGCAUUAGCGACCGUGUUACCUGCCUUCACUCGACUCGAAAGCUUCUCCUUCCAUAUCACCGCAGUAUCAAGCCUCCCACAAGGCUAUGACAUCGACAAUCAUCUUCUUUCCGAAAUCGUAGCGGCGCUGCCAGAUACUGUACGUCACCUAGAGAUAGACACCAGAGGCAGCGAUUCGGUCGACGAUGAUGAUAUUGAACACAACCGACAGCGGCACCUAUGCUCGACGAUCGCCGACAGGCUGGACAGACUCGAGAGCUUACGAUUGCACGUUGGCAACAUCUGCAGCGACCUCUUCAAGAAGCCUUCAAGCACCAUCCACACAUUAGUGAUCAACCUGAUGAGCGCCACGGGCCUGACGGAAGCUCAAGAAUGCGAUUUCAGCAUGCCAUAUUACAAUGAGACCGAUGAAACGAGACAAGAGUUCGGACACCAGACCAGCGCGAGAAGACUUCUCGACUGGGCGCCUAUGAUUGCCGACCAGUGGCCAGCUCUGAGAACAUUCCUGGUCCUGGACUCGAACACCGUACUGCCCGAAGCCAACGACUGUCUCGAGCUCGGUGCAAUAUUCGUUAGGGACCUGCUCCUGCACACGACCACGGCAGUUCCGAUCGCCCCAUUCGUCGACCCUAAUGACCGCCUUAACCAACAGACUUUCCUCCGAUACUUUGGCCACGACAUAGUCGGCACCCUGGGACAUGUCGAGGAGCUCCUGGAGGGCCCAGUGUGGCAUUGGACCGAUCUUGGCGCGAGACUGCCCUCUGCAGUGAAGGAAUCUACACAAGGCAGAAAGUAUCUGUGGGAGCCGGCGCACAACAGGUACUGGAGGCGCAAAGUCCUGCCACCAGCUCGAGCUGUGGCGGACUCUGUCUUCGGAAGCGAGAAGUGGAAGCGCAAAGACUUGAUUGAUGGUCGCUUUUCGUGUCAUAACGGGUGGGAUGCAGAACGUUAUGCUGGUCGUCAGCUGUUGGAAACGCAAGUUCUCGAGGGUGAUGACCGCGACGUCUGGUUCAAGAUGCCAGCGAGGAAGGAUGGACGCCCGUAA